AUGUGCAGCGCAGCACGCGGUGUUCGUCGUCACGGCUCGCCGGUGAUCAUAGCGUGGGCGAUCCUGUUCUUCUCCAUUGCGUCGUUGUCCUUGUCGGAGGCGCAGCUGCAGGUCGGAUACUACAACUAUACUUGCCCCAGGGCGGAGGACCUCGUCCGCAACGUCGUCCGCGCCGCCAUCCUCCGCGACCCCGGCAAUGGCCCCGGCCUCGUCCGUCUCUUCUUCCACGACUGCUUCUAUUCACUGAUGCUCCAGCGCUAUGAGCAGGAACCCUGCAACUGCUCACUGAGAUUCAAGGUCAGAGGCCCGUUGAUAUUCGCCAGCCGCGGCGCCGCCGCCGCCGACGAACGCAUCGCCUUCUUCAGCGGCGGCGGCGGCGACAACACCUCAACAGGUAAAUGCCCGGAUACACUAGUCCGCUCGAUCAGCAACGUGUCUACGAGGGAUUCUGCGAACGACGAGCAUGUUGCAAAGGAAUUUGUUGGGCGCCAUAGAAACCUUUUCAAUGCCACAAACAUAUGCAUCUCUAGCGGGCCUCCAAACUUGCUUUUCACCGUGGCAACAAAAAUACUACACUGGUAA